UGGGGGUAGAAAAUGCCCCAGAAUCAAUGGGAGUAAACAAUGCCCCAUCAUUGGUGUCAGUGGGGGGAAUGGUGCCCCAUCAUUGGUAUCAGUGGGGGGAAUGGUGCCCCAUCAUUGGUAUCAGUGGGAGGAAUAGUGCCCCAUCAUUGGUGUCAGUGGGAGGAAUAGUGCCCCAUCAUUGGUGUCAGUGGGAGGAAUGGUGCCCUAUCAUUGGUGUCAGUGGGAGAAACAGUGCCUCGUUGUUGGAAUGGUGGGAGGAAUAGUGCCUCAUCAUUGGUAUCAGUGGGAGGAAUAGUGCCCUGUCAUUGGUGUCAGUGGAAAGAAUAGUGCCCCAUUACUGGUGUCAGUGGAAAGAAUACUGCCCCAUCAUUGGUGUCAGUGGGAGGAAUAGUUCCCUGUCGUUGGUGUCAGUGGUAGG